UUUUUAUACACCAAUCAAUACAGUUUUUAAUUCUAUAAUAAAAGUACUCAUGUAUGAAAAAUGAUUAGUUUAGAAAAUAUUUUAACGUAAAUAUUAUAUAGAAAACUUCAUUAUCUUACUAAUUUUGUAUCAAUAACUUUUUAUAUAUAUUGAAUCAACUUUAUUCAUAUCAUUAGAGAGGAUAUGGCCGACUUUUUAAUUUUCAAGCACGAUGAUGGUGUGUGUGUGUGUGUGUGUGUGUGUGUGUGUGUGUGUGUGUGUGUGUGUGAUUUAACAUUCUCGACUUUUUUUAUGGGAUUACUUGAAAAAUAAAAUUUAUAUAGAAAAUCCAACUAUAUUGCUCGAUAUGAAAAAACAUAAAGAAAUGUAAAAUAUCGUCCGAUAUAUAUAUUUAAAAUGAUCACUACUCUAUUAAUUCAAGAUAUAAAUAGGUAUUACAUUGAAUAUUUUUUAUAAAAAAUUAAUAAAUUACAAUUAUUAUUAAUAGCAGGGAAGUUUUCUUAACAAUAUUUAUACAUCAAAAUAUUUUUUAAACUAAUCAUAUUGAAUUUAGAGAAUUAAAAAAUGUAUCAAUUGAUGCAUUAAUUAAUACUUAAUUUUUAUUAAAAAUUAUUAUCUUAAUUAUUUUAUUAUAAAUUGUAAAAGUAUCCAAGUAUUUUUAUAAUGCGAAAAAUAAUUGUUAUUUUUUAUAUUAUUAUAAUUUUUAAUAUUAUUUUAUUAUAUCAAAUUAGUUAAUAAAUUUCAUCAUAUUUAUAAAAUAUAAAUAUUCUAUCAAAAUAUAUUUUUUAUUUCGUCUAUAAUUAUAAUUAUAAUAUAAUAUUAAAAAAAAUUGAAGUUAAGCUUAUGUUAGUUACGAAUAUUUUCGUAUGCAUAUCAAACUUUAUAUCGAGAUCUUCAAUUACAAUUAAUUAUCGAUAUAAUGAAUAUAGAUAGAAUAUAAAUUUGAAGUUGCAAUUUAAAAUCUACAUUAUAUAAUAUGAUACAAUGAAAUAUUAUAUAAAUAAAUAAUAUUAAAUAUUAAAAAUUAAUAUUAUAAAAAUAAUAAAAUAAAAAAUAUAUGAUUAAAGUAACAACAAAUAUCAAGAAAGUUAGGUUAUCUUUCUUUAUAUCAAUCAGUUAGGACAAGUUCAAAUCAGAAAUUUGUAAAUAAUUUGAAAUAAAUUUAUUAAAUUAUUAUUAAUUAAAAUAAUAAUCUAGAGAAUCAAAUGCUAAAAAAAUUUUGUUUAAAAAUCUAAAUAAAACAGUGAUUUUGUGAAUAGAAAAAAAAUGAAUAAUGUUUUGAAAUCUGAAAAUGCCGAAGUGAAACCAAAUAUUAUAUUGGAAAGUCAAGAUAUUGAAAAGAAUGAAAUUAAAAAAUUGAAAGGAGAUAUUAUAGGAGAUACUCUUUAUAGUGGCAAAUGGAUAAUUAACAUUUUAUUUUCAAUAUCAAAGAUUUCUGAAGAUGGCUGGAAUGAAAAGAUAGAAAACGAUUUAUGCAUAUUAUGGGAUAUGACUACAGAAAAAGAUAUUGUCCAUUUUCUUAUGGAAAAUCACUUUUUUAAAAUUGCAGAAUUUGCUUUAAAGUCUUCUGAAGAACCAAGAUUUACAGAAAUAAUUUUGGGAAUAAUUGGGAAUAUGACUUGUGAAUCAUCAGUACUUGACUUAUUAGGAGAAAAAGAAGAACUUCUUGAUAUAAUUCUUCAUCUUCUUUCAUCUGAAGAUACUGCUAUAUUAAUGCAAAUACUUCGACUUUUACGUUCUGCACUUUGGAAUAUUCAAAUGAAUUUAAAGUCAAAAUGGAGAAUUAAUUUAAGAAAAUCAACUUUUCUGAGAGAGGUAGUUCCUUUUAUUUUAAAAAGUUCUACAAAUGAAGAACUUUUGAUUGCAACUACAAAUUUUCUACGUUCUUCAGCAGAAAUUGAUUUUCCAUCUGGAAGAACAUUAUUGGAUGAAUUAUUUGAGUCUUCUAGUUUUUUGUCAGGAAUGUUAGAAUCCUUUGAAGAAGUUUUUCCUCAGGAUGAAACUUCUUAUUCAGUUUCAACUUUGAAAUAUCUUGAAGAUUGGUUAGAGCUAUUUUCAAUUCUUCGGAAAGGUCAUCAAAUUCAUCAAGAAAUUUUACAAGAAGAUAAUUUAAUUAGAAUAGUAGAGAUUCUACGAAGAAUUUUAAUAAGUUUUACUGAUCCAUGGAAUCUUUAUCCUUUAGAUGAAAUCAAAGCUUCUUGUGUUCAUAGAUGUGCAGAAGUGAUUCUUGAUUUUCGAUGGAAAGGAUUUUUAAGAGCAGAUUCUACUAUUGAUAUAGAUGCAACGAUCUUAAAUAUUGUAGUUAGCAUUCAUACAGCAAUGAAAGAAGAAGAAGAAGAUUCCAAAGAAACAAUGGCAGAAUUAUUGAAAUAUCUUGAAGGAUAUUGGAUUGAAGUAUCAAAGAUUUCAUCAACAAAUGAAAUUAUAAAAAUUUUAAAAACAAAUGAAAAAGCUGUUAUUGACCAUACAAUUAAUUUGUUAAAAUCAAAAAUUUCUGAAGAAAAAAUUAAUGAUGUAAUCAAUAAAUUGUCAUAUGAAUAAAAUAAAAUUAUAGGUUUUAUAUAUAAA